AUGCCAGCCAUGCUUCGUUACAUGACAACAGCUGCCACUCAAACCGCCUCCAAUCCUGAUGAGCCCACCUUCUUAAAAUCAGUCGAGCUAUAUUAUGAUCGUGCUGCGAAACUUAGUGGUGUUCCAGGAGGAACCUUGAGCCAUCUUCGUGCUGUGGAUGCUCUUCUGCGUGUCACAUUUCCUAUUGAGCUGGAAGAUGGAAAAUACGAAGUGAUAGAAGCAUAUCGUGCUCAGCACUCGCGUCAUAGAUUGCCCGUCAAGGGAGGUAUUCGUUAUUCUGAGGAGGUAGACCUUCAGGAGGUUGAAGCUUUGGCCUCUUUGAUGACUUAUAAGUGUGCCGUUGUGGAUGUGCCUUUCGGUGGCGCAAAAGGUGGCAUUAAGAUUGACCCCAAGAAGUAUACCGUUGAGCAGCUUGAAAGAAUCACCCGUCGUUAUACGAUGGAGCUUUGCCAAAAGAAGUUUAUAGGUCCUGGUAUUGAUGUUCCUGCCCCUGACGUUGGUACUGGUCCCCGUGAGAUGUCAUGGAUAAUGGACACCUACAGACAGUUUAACGUGGACGAUGUGAAUGCAGCUGGCUGUGUUACCGGAAAGCCACUUUCCCAGGGUGGUGUGAGAGGUCGUACUGAGGCCACUGGUUUGGGAGUAUAUUAUGGUCUUCGCGAGUUCCUGAGUUAUCCCCAAGUACAAAAACGUACUGGUCUUAGUGGAAAGGUCAAAGAUGUUAGUGUGAUUGUCCAAGGUUUCGGAAAUGUUGGAUAUUACGCUGCAAAAUUCUUUGAGAACAAUGGUGCAAAAAUCGUCGGUAUUGGAGAGAGAGAUUGUUCAAUCUACGAUCCUAAUGGUCUCAAUGUCGAGGAGCUCCAGAAGCACUACAAAGCCCAUAGUAGUUUCCGCAACUUCUCUGCAACGUCCAAGAUCCUUGAAGAACCCACCGAGAUUCUUGAGCAGGAGUGUGAUAUUUUGAUUCCUGCCGCUCUUGAGCGUCAGAUCGGUCUUCGAAAUGCUGACAAAAUUAAGGCCAAGAUUAUCGGUGAGGGUGCCAAUGGACCUGUUACUCCUGCUGCCCAUGAAUACCUUGAGAAGCGUGGUAUUGUUGUCGUGCCUGAUCUUUUGUUAAAUGCUGGCGGUGUUACAGUUUCGUACUUUGAGUGGUUGAAGAACCUUUCCCACGUUCGAUUUGGACGAAUGAAUAAGAAGUUUGAUGAGAGCAGUCGUAGAAAACUUUUAGAUCUUGUAGAGACCAAUGCUGGUAGAGAACUAACAGAGUUAGAACGAAAGACUAUUGUCCAUGGUGCAGAAGAAGCUGACUUGAUUUACUCUGGACUUGAAGAUACAAUGAUUCAAGCUUGUCAAGAAACCAAGCAGACAGCAGAGCUGAAAAACGUAGACUAUAGAACGGCUGCUUAUAUCAAUGCUAUCCAGAAGAUUGCCGUUGUCUACAAGGACUCUGGAAUGCUCUUCAUGAAAUAG